UAAAAACCACUCAAGAUGCCGAAGCCUAAAGUGAACAAAUUGGCCAAAAUGUCAGACGAGGAGCGAGCCAGGUACCUGCAGCUCCGUGCUGACAUGGAGGAGGAGGCUCGCAGAAGAAAACGGGAACUUAUAGCCAGAUUUAUAAAGAAUAAAUUAGAUAAAGAAGAAGCAUAUAGUCGGAUGAACACGGCGAAAUUAAAUCAGCAAUGGCGGUAUGUGUUACGAAAUAUUAAAUGCAAGCAAAUGUCAUUAGAAAUACAGGGUAUGGUUACCAGUUUCAACUUCAUGAUAGAUCGUAAAGACCGUUUGAUAAAAUCACUGAUGGCAGCCAUAGAGGACUCGGAUGAACAGCAUCGCCGAGCCUUCCAAGCUCAUACAGAGACACUCAGCUAUUUCCUAGGCGUCGGCUCACAGCGUCUCGACAAACUGCAAACGGAAUAUGAUUUCCAAAAGAACACACUUCUAGAAAAUUGGGACAAAGAAGAACUAGACAUAACCGAUGGUCAAGAUAGAUCUGAAUUAAAGCUUAAAUUAAUCAUUUACAUACAAAAUCGAGAAUUUCAGGCGUAUAAGAAUGAAAAGGAGUUGCAAAGUGCUACCGCGAAAAACGACUCAAGAUUAGAGCAUGCUGAAGAUAUGCAUAUCCUCUGUCGACCAAAACGACUGGAGAUAGAAACGUAUUGGUCCAAACUACGGGAUGUUUACAACACUUAUUUGGAACACCAUAAUCCUAUUAUGGGACACUAUCAAACUCUGCGGGAGAAAGACGACUUCUAUAAAAGGGAUAUUGCAAGAAACGAUCUGAAGAUUCAGCAAUCAACUGAAAUCCUUCUGAACUUGCAAAAGGAAUGGGUUCGAACUACAAAUACAAUGGCACAAAAACUAAAGAAAAUGAUGAGCCAUAAAGAAGAGUUGUCCAGGCGGUAUUGGCAAAUGAAGAGGGACAGUAAGAUUGAUAAAUGUAAAGGAAAUGAACAAUUAUCUAUUAUGGUUAAUGCCAGUCAAGAUGCUAUUAAGCAAUUGGAACAAAUUAAAUCUAAACUUAUCAAGAUUCAACAAAUGGCUGAAAUUUGUAAAAAAUACGAACAUAGCGAUGAUAAUGUGUUCAUUGCAGAAACAGAAGGUAAUGGAGCUCCUGUUGAUUUUGAAAAUCUUGAUAGGGCGAUGAUUAACGAAUGUAAAGAGUACAGCAAACUGGAUAAAUUUAUGCUGAAGAUGAACAGAGUAAAAGUGCAGACUAUGUGCUUAAAAGCAGAGAAAGUUAAGCUGGCUAAAGAGAAUGUGCAGUUGAAAUCGUACAUCAAGAGAUACCUGACGGAACUGGCGCUCAAGGAAGGAAAGGAUAGACCACAUAGUGUGAAGCUACAAUCCGAGAUGCAGAAAAUUAAUCCAACUAGAAAAGCAUUAAACCGACCUGUGACAUGCAUAGAAGGUGCUCUCUCCAAUGCUGUUAUGCAUGACAAACGGAUGAAGACAUUUGAAAAGAGAAGAAAAGAAAUAGGUGGCAUACGAGCCUACCCUCGAGUACAGUGCUGGAUGGGUGCAUAAUCAUAUAAUUUCACAUAUAUAACUAGACAACCUAUAUCUAUGCUGUUAUAAAUUAAAUUUAAAGGUAUAAAACUUGUCAAUGGUUUGAAGAAUGACAAUGUUUAGUAUUUUUAUACUUA